GCCGCCGCCCCCCGCUCCCGGCGCGACGCCCCCGCGGCGCUGCCCCAGCCAUGAAGGCGGCGGUGGAUCUCACCAUCAUCAAGACGGAGAAGGUGGACAUCGAGCUCUUCCCGUCCCCCGACAUGGAAUGUGCAGAUGUGCCUUUAUUAACGCCCAGCAGCAAAGAAAUGAUGUCCCAGGCACUGAAAGCCACGUUCAGCGGCUUUGCCAAGGAGCAGCAGCGGCUGGGAAUUCCCAAAGACCCCCAGCAGUGGACGGAGACGCACGUGCGGGACUGGGUGAUGUGGGCAGUGAACGAGUUCAGCCUGAAGGAAGUGGAUUUCCAGAAGUUCUGCAUGAACGGAGCUGCCCUCUGUGCCCUGGGCAAGGAGUGCUUCCUGGAGCUGGCGCCUGACUUUGUGGGAGAUAUCCUUUGGGAACACCUGGAGAUCCUGCAGAAAGAAGAGGUGAAACCGUACCCAGCAAACGGAGUGAACACCACAUACCCCGAGUCCCGCUACACCUCAGACUACUUCAUUAGUUAUGGCAUCGAGCACGCCCAGUGCGUGCCCCCCUCCGAGUUCUCCGAGCCCAGCUUCAUCACCGAGUCCUACCAGACCCUGCACCCCAUCAGCUCGGAGGAGCUGCUGUCCCUCAAGUACGAGAGCGACUACCCCGCCGUGCUGCUGCGCGAGCCGCCCCAGGACGCGCUGCAGAGCGACUUCUUCUCCAUCAAGCAGGAGGUGGUGACUCCAGACAACAUGUGCAUGGGCCGUGCCAGCCGAGGUAAGCUGGGAGGCCAGGACUCCUUCGAGAGCAUCGAGAGCUACGACAGCUGUGACCGCCUGACGCAGUCCUGGAGCAGCCAGUCCUCCUUCCAGAGCCUGCAGCGCGUCCCCUCCUACGACAGCUUCGACUCCGAGGACUACCCUGCCACCCUGCCCAGCCACAAGCCCAAGGGCACCUUCAAGGACUAUGUGCGGGACCGGGCCGACAUGAACAAGGACAAGCCUGUCAUCCCUGCUGCUGCCCUGGCUGGCUACACAGGCAGUGGACCCAUCCAACUGUGGCAAUUCCUGCUGGAACUGCUCACUGACAAGUCCUGUCAGUCCUUCAUCAGCUGGACGGGCGAUGGCUGGGAAUUCAAACUUUCAGACCCAGACGAGGUGGCCCGGCGAUGGGGCAAGAGGAAAAACAAGCCCAAGAUGAACUACGAGAAGCUGAGCCGCGGGCUGCGCUAUUACUACGACAAGAACAUCAUCCACAAGACGGCCGGGAAGCGCUACGUGUACCGCUUCGUCUGCGACCUGCAGAGCCUGCUGGGCUACACCCCCGAGGAGCUGCACGCCAUGCUCGACGUCAAACCCGACGCCGACGAGUGACAGCGACGCGGGGACAGCGCUGUCCCCCGGGAGAGCCCAGGGACUUCUUUGGUGGUUCUUUCUGCAUUGAUUUUCGCUGUUCUUCUGCUCGGUUUUCUUUUUUUUCUCGAGGGCCGCUCAGAUUUGAGGCUUUGAGGAUGUCGGGGGAGAGGGGGGAGGAAGAGGAAAGCUUUGGCUUUUUGUUGAUUUUCCUGAAAGUUCCAAGACAGGUUUUUCUGGGGGAAAACUCUGAGUUUUGAGAAGGCCAGGAAAAUGUAGCUCACUUAAAAAUCCAACAAUCCCCUCCCCACCUUUGGCUCUUUAGAAAAAAAUGCGACGGAAUAGAUCCCUUUGGUUGCUCACACACAAACUGACAGGUCAGGAAUGUCAAUAUUCCUGAGGAUUUGAGGAAUUUUAAACUUUUAUCUUUUAUAACACCAAAAUGGGUGAAUAUUCUUGCUUUGGGGAGGGGCAAUAUAGGAAAAAAACCAAGAACUGUUGUUCUUGUUCCAUCACCUUUCUGUCAGUUGUCUUCUUUUCUACAAGAUAAUUUUUCCUAUUAGGGAUCAAAACCUUUUAUUUUUUUUUAAAGUUUUAUUUUAUUGAAUUUUGUGCCAGUAUUUUUUUUUUCCUAAAUAGUCUUAAGGUCUAAGAUGGUCUCAGUAUUGCAAUAUUGUGUAUGUUUGUUUCUGUUCUGCCAGCAGGGAGUUUUAUCCCAGGGAGGAAAAAGAGAAAAAGAGGAAUUAGUUUAUGCAGACCCCACUGGAGAAUUGGAAUGCUGGGACUGGGAUGGGAAGGAAAAUGAACUCCAAAGUGGCUCCUGUUGAUGCUGGCUGGGGGUGCCACUCCUGUUUCCAGCCCCACACGCUGUGCUGAUAAUGCUGGUUGAAAUCCCUGCUUUUUUUUUUAAUGCCUGGCUGCACAAAUCCUCUCAAAAUUCCUAUGGAAAAUGUCUUUUUGGCAUUUUCCAAAUCACUUCUUUUGCUCAAGGAACACUUUGGUGCUUACAGAAAUGUUUUUUUUUGGGAGGGGGAAAGGAGAGAAAUUCCCAAUGUUUUCAAUGUGGUAAAUGGAAAAUACGUAAGCUAAUCGAGGGGGAAAAUCAGGAAAAAGUUCAAAACCCAAAGGGAAAUGUUUUUUCCUUCCUGUUUCAAGCAGCUCUGUCUUUAUGGCCGUGUGUGGGCACAGCAGAAAGGAAAUUGUCCCUGCGAAUGGGCUCUUUAUGGCUCGGGGCUGCUGCUGCCAGCAGCCCUGUCAGGGUGUGAGUGGCACGGUGUCACCGGGGGCUGUGGGGUCAGGCCCAGGGAAGCUGCUCCCCCGGGCCUCCCACCCCUUCCUGCAGCUGCUUUUCUCUGGGGGGUCGCUCCUGCUGUUCCUCUGCUCCCCGGGGUGCUCUGGGCAGGCUGAGGACAAGGUCCCACCACCCUCGGGUGCAGCGGUGGGAUUUGAAGGGUCAGAGGUCGUUCCCAUAUCCCAGUGCAACCCCAAAGCCAGAUCCUCGCAGAUUUGGCCUCCCAAGGGAAUCUUUCACCCCCCCCGGGUGUUUGCAUUUAAAGGCAGCAUUUUGUACUUUACCAAAAUCCCUCCUCUGAGCGUGCUUUGUCUGUGUCUUGGGGCACAGAGUUCAUUCCAGAGGCACUGUGGAGCCAGGGGGUCAGAGCCUUUCCAGAGGUGCUGCAGAGCGAUUCCUGCCUGACCCCAAUGGACAGGACAGGAAUCUGUGUAAAUACCCAUAAUAUUCAGGCACAACCCCCCCUCACAGAGGCAGAGCUGGGGGGGAGCCCAACCCCAAAAUGAUGCCCAGAGGUGGUGGGCUCUCCUUUGCCUCUGGAGCAGGGGGACCCAGCACCUCUGUAUCCUAAACCCAGGCAUUUUAGGGAAAGUCAGCCCCAGAAUUGCUGUGUCCUUACAAAAGGUGGAGUUGGAGGGGAAUGGGAAGGCCAGGAGGGAGCUCCUGCCAAGGGGGUGGAAACAAAAGGGGGCCAAG